AUGGGAACUAUGAGAUCGGAGGGGCUUAAAGCAGCCAAGAACCCAGCAGCAGGCUCUCCUGCCGAAGGACCGCAUCACCAUUCAGACGCUGUUAUCAUCACUUGGGAUGGAAGGCACGACCCCGAGAACCCGUUCAAUUGGUCUCCACGGAAGAAAUGGCGGACAACCGGACUUGGUCUUCUAGCAAGUUUCGUCUGUUCUAUUAAUGGGACCAUCAUUGCAGUCGCUCACAAUGCUAUAUCCGAGGAAUUCAACAUCUCCAACGUGGAUUUUCCUCAUUCCUACUGGCCCACGACGUCCUGGGGAGUAGGGGCGGCUCUAUUACCCCUUGCCCUAUUUCCUAUCAUGGAGGAUUUUGGCAUUCGACCUGUGCUUCUUAGCACCUAUUUCUUCUUCGUCUGCUCCCUGAUUCCAAUUGGCCUGGCCCAAAACUUUACUACGCUUAUAGUGAUGCGAUUCUUUAGCGGCGGGUGCGUCCCAAUCAUGAGCGAUGCUGUUGCUAGUAUGGUAUCAAAUGUUUUCCACGGAGAUUGUGCUAGGAGCACGCCGGUAUGCCUUUACGUUACGACCUAUCUAGCUGCAACGAGCAUUGGCCCGGUGGUUGGCGCCUCUAUACUUCAGUUUCUUUCCUGGCGUUGGAUUGGCCACAUCGAAUUGAUUUGGACAGCCGCACUUUUCCCUCUCUUCAUCAUCGCUCUUCCUGAGACCCGCGGUUCUGCUAUAUUGCUAGCGAAAGCCAAACGUCUACGCGAUAAGGGGGAGAAAGUAUAUACAAUGGAUGAGCUUCACCAUGAUAGAAAAUUGUACCAGGCUGUCCUUCGGAGCGUACAACGGCCGUUGUACAUGUUAUUUACGGAGCCAGUAGUGUUCGUUGCAACUCUCUGGGCUGCAUUCAGCCUUGGAACAAUCUACCUGUUCACUCAGUCCGUCGAGCUGGUAUAUGGACAACUCUAUGGCUGGGAUGCUGUACUGGCAGGUUAUGUCCAGGUUGCCAUCGUGGUUGGCGAAAUCCUCGGUUGCGCGCUUUGUAUGUUUACCAACAGCUGGUACUACGCAUCUGCUGCCCAGAAUACCGAAGCUCCGGGAACACCUAUCCCUGAGGCGAGGCUAUAUACGUCGAUCAUUGGAGGUUUCUUCGGUGUUACUGGCGGAAUGUUCGUAUACGGGUGGACAUCAUACCCUACUAUAUAUUGGAUAGCACCUACUGUCGGCUUGACAAUGGUGGGAUUUGGAACAACCGCUGUUGUGAUAAGUAUUGCAAACUAUCUUAUUGAUGCGUAUAGCAAGUACGCGGCGAGCGCUCUCGGUGCUGUUGGCUUGGUCGAGAAUACUGCUAUCGCUUUUCUCCCUCUUGCUACAAUAGCAAUGUACACAGGCCUUGGAUUUCAGUGGGCCAGCUCAUUGCUUGCAUUUAUGUCUUUUGCCCUUGCCAUAACUCCAUUCCUAGUGUUUAAAUGGGGCAAGAAGAUUAGAUCUCGCAGUCCGUUUAUGAAAGAGGCAAUUAUAGACCGACAUGGGGGGGCAUUGUUGCUAUGA